CUUUCAGCACCAAGAUGGCAUGCCUCCGUCGCUUUCUGUGGCUCCUCAGUGUUUCUGUCUCGUUCGCCGCGGCCAACAAUGCAUUUUACACAGCUGGUGUGGCGGAGUACCGUCCAGAGAUAAUGGGUACCUCGCAACACCUGUUGGAGUCCAAUUUGGAGGGCUAUCUAAAGCUCAUUGCCUCGGCCAAUGGAACCACGGAUAUUAUCGUCUUUCCGGAGGCCACUUUAAAUGGUGUACUCACACUGACCGCGGUGCCUCAAUUCACCGAACUGAGUUUGUGCGAAGAGCAGCCUGGAGAUGACACCGAAAUAGCUCCUUUUUUAAGGCGUUUGGCAUGUGCCGCCAGGGAAUACAACACGUACCUCGUGGUCAAUGUGAAGGAACGCGCUGUGGAGGAAUGUCCUUCGGAAAGUACCUGCUCCAAUGGCGGCCAGGUUGUUUAUAACACCAACGUGGUGUUCGACAGGCAAGGAGCUGUGAUCUCGCGUUACAGGAAGUGGAACCUCUAUCUGGAGCACUCGACCAAUCGCACCGAGUUCCCCGAACUUGCCACCUUUGCAACCGACUUCGGGGUCACCUUCGGCCACUUUAUCUGCUUCGACAUGCUCUUUUACGAGCCGGCGCAAGACUUGGUGGAGCGAUUGGGCAUCCGUCACGUGAUCGUCACCAAAAUGUUUAACUCGGAGCUCCCCUUUCUCACAGCUUCUCAAUUCCAGCAGGGUUGGGCCUGGGCCAACAGGGUGAAUGUCCUGGCGUCCGGAGGAAGUCUUCCGCAGGCGGGGAUCAGUGGGAGUGGCAUCUACUCCGGUCAAGGAGGCGCUCUGGCCCGUCUAAUGAUCUCGGAUGCUGCAGAAGGUGAGAGAAGGUUGCUCCUGGCGCGGGUUCCCUUGAAUCCCGAGGAGCAGACGUCCUCGAAUGAGACUUUGGAAUCGGGCGAGAUGAGUCCUACGAAGCUGAAACUUCUGCAGCAACCGGAACUGAAGAACUUCACCACCUGGGAGUUGCCUAUGGUCACCGGCAGUUCGGUGAACAAAAGGAUCUGCCAGAAGGACCUGUGCUGUGAUUUCCAGGUCAGUUGGAACUUGGAGGGGGCCUCACCAGGAUAUAACUAUCGACUGGGGGUUUGGGUGGGCGAAAGGCGCUAUGAGGAGGAGCAGUACAGUUCUAUUCGCCUGUGUGGCUUGUUUUCCUGUCGCGAUUCCGAUGUGGAAAGUUGUGGGCUAAUCAGCGAGCAGCAAGGAUACAAAGUAGUGUUCACCGAAGUUCAGAUCCUUGGGGAGUUCGUCCGAAAGCCACGACGCCUCAUUAUGCCUAGCACUCUCAGCUUCCCCGACCUCUAUGCCCUGCAACCAUCCCAACUAUCUUGGUCGUCGGAGGAAGCGGAUAACGUAACCCUGAUUAAGAUGGAGCUGCGACAACCACAUAACCACCUAAUGACCUUCGCCAUAUACGGCAACUACUUCGAUGAGUUUGCGAAUGGAGGGUCCACCACAGUCGAGGGCAGCAAAUUGGUAACUCUGCUGUUUUUGCUAAUUAUGCCGUUUACGUUGACGUAUCUCAUCCGAUAAUAGCUGAAUCAAAAUUACUCACCUAUUUAUCUUACUAACGAAUUAAUCAACACUGGUUGAAGGCUUGGUGAAAUGCUUUUGUAACAUUUUGUUUAUAAAAAUGUAUAAUUUUGAAAGAUUAGUUUAUAGAUAUAAUUUCUAUUAAAUGCUGGCAAAACUAUUAGAUAUGGACAAGUUUAUUCACUGUCAGUCAUUUCUCACAAAAUUGGUUAAGUGCUCUGUAAUAAAUCAAGAAAGCGGUCUAUAAAAAUUUA